AAUAGACUAUAAGUGCAAAAUACGAGCAAAUGCAAGGCAAACUCCAUGAUUUUGGGUUCAAAAUGCCUUCCAAUAGGAAAUAGGAACAGCAGUGGACCUCACACUUCCAUUGUCUACGAUUGUAAUCAGCGAUGAGCAACACUGGUUAAGUAAGUAUGAAAAAAGAGGCCACAAUUACAAGAUAGUUUUUGCAUGUACAUUUGGUCAUGACGAAGUAAAGGAGAGACGGAGGUCAGACUUGAAUGCUGUCUGGCUGUAUCACAGCUGGUGUUCUGCCCCAGUUUUAGUAUAAUCAGCUGGUUAUACUGAAUCAGCAGAGUCAACAAUUUCUUGUCACACUUGGGGUCCACGGUAAAGAUUCAACAGGUUCUCGUCACACUCGGUGUAUGAAGUGGAAGAGUGGAAUAACUGUGAACUGAAAAGUGCCCCAACCCUUACUUUCCCAAAUAAAUUGCCAGCGGCCGCCAUCAGCCGCACACCUGAAGCCCUUCGACAUUACUCUCAGCUUGUGCCCUGUGAUACGGCCCCGCAGGUUAGGACCCGGGGCGGGGUGUUUCUGCUGCCGCCCGCCCUGCCCUCAGCCCGUCCCCGUCCCCUCUCCGCGCUUUGCAGCGGCUCCUCCGGGCGCCCAGGCGGCGCCUCAGCGCCCCAGCCGCCGCCUCCGGCUCCCGCUCUCCGCCGGCCCCGCGAUGAACCCGCGGCUGCGGCACUGGCGGGAGGCUGCCACGCUGCUGCUGCCGGCGGGCACGGCGGCGCGGCCGGGGCGCUCCGCGCUCGGUCCCUGCGACUACGAGGUGCUGCUGCUGCAGCGGAGCUCCCGCAGCGGCUUCGCGCCCGGCGCACACGUCUUUCCGGGCGGCGUGGUGGAGGCGGCGGACUUCUCGGCGGCCUGGUUGGGUCUGCUGCCCGCCUCGCCGCUCUGCGGGCUGGGCUCCGUGAAGCCGCCGCCUGCGGGCAGCAGCCGGGCGCCGAUCUUCGCCACCGACCGGCUGCAGCUGGGCUCGCCGCUGCCCGGGGAAGUCGCCUUCCGUAUCUGCGCCAUCCGGGAGACUUUCGAGGAGGCGGGAAUCCUGCUGCUGGUGCCCGGGAGCGGGCCGGGGGAGGGCGGCGGGGCCCGGCCGCUGCCCGCGGAGAGGCUGCUGCCGGCCGCCGAGCUGGGCGAGUGGCGGCGCCGGGUGCGGGAGGACGCGGGCUGCUUCCUGCAGCUCUGCCGGCACCUGGGCUGCGUGCCCAACAUCUGGGCGCUGCACGAGUGGAGCAACUGGCUCACACCGGUCGGCAGGGCCGGCCCCGGCGGCCGCCGCUACGACACGGCGUUCUACCUGUGCUGCCUGGACGAGCGGCCACCCCACGCCUCCGAGGACGAGCGGGAGGUGACGGCCUGCCUGGUGAGAGCGCUGCGCCGCCUCCCCGGGCGCUGCAGCGGUAGGGGUCCCCCUGGGGCGCAGGCCAGCCGCUGUGCUCGCUUCCAGUACAGGGCAGGUGAAAAGUGGUCAUCACCUCCAGAAGCCAUUGAACUCUUUAAAUCUCGAGAAAUAUUGCUUGCUCCCCCUCAGUUCUAUGAAUUGUGUAGGCUGUGCAACUUUUCUUCCCUUCAUGAAUUACACAAGUUCAGCUCUGAUCGAGCCCUAGAGGGAUGUGAAUGUUGGAUGCCUAUAAUGUUAACUGCUUCAGAUGGCUUAAUUCAGCUAUUACCAGGAGAUGAAUUAUACCCAGAAGAUCCAGAUUAUACAGGGGAAACAAAAAUAGUCAUGUCAACAGAUAAGAAGGUUGAAGAUCUCAUGAAAGAGGGUAGUACAUUUCACAGGAUAGUAAUAAAAAACAUAAACAGUCUUGCUGUCUAUGUUAAUAUUCAGGUAAAAUAUAAACAUAUGAAUCCAUUGAUGAUAAACACCGAUUAUUCAGACUACAAUAGUAGAUUAUAAUAUUUUUGGUUUUAAGCUAGAAUAUAUUUAACUACAUACAUAUUCACUGUGUUUCUCAUCCUUAUUAACAGUUGCAAGGUAGUUAGGACAAGAGACUUAAAUAUUCCAUUGCCCUGCCACAGCAUUUCAUAUGGUUGUGGGUUUGAGAUUUGUGUGUACUUCAAUCUUUGAGUCUUUGAAACUUCAAAGUUGUGUCAGGUAUGGUGUAAAGAAGCUACUGAAAAUUAAACACAACUAUCAACUUAAUUAAUUGAAUAAACUUUAAAGUGAUUUGGCAGUGAUUAUACUGAACAAUUAGCAUCUUAUUCUACCUACAUAGUAAUAAUGGAAUAUGCUGUAGUGCCGUUCUGUUGGGUCACACAGGUUCUUUUCUCACUGAAAAUUAAAGUACAUCUUAUGUUCAGAACAAGUAUGUUUUGAGUUCAAAAAUUCUUUUACUAUGCUUCCUAAAGUUACCUGUUUGGCAACUGUAAUCCGUGUCUAGAAAUGAAUGAAAUUCAUUCUGUUUCUGUUAAAAUAUUCCAGUCUAUCUUAUUUUAAUUGAAAACCAAUGUAUAUGUGUAUAUAUAGAUGUUAGCUAACAUUCACUUAUUACAAAGAAUAUUUAUAUUUGAUAAAGCUAAAUUGUUGCUAUUAAUGGUAACUUAUUAAAAACUUUACAGUUUUCAAAGAUAGUUGUGAUACUUUCAUUCAUGACAUUUUUUUUACCUUCAAGUUGACCGGAAUUUAAAAAGAACAAAUGAAUUAUUCAGCUCCAAAAAGAUGCCACCAACUAAAGAAAAUAAAAUACUGCCUUGGAAACGCCUAAUUCCACAAUUCAGUAUUCCACAUUUUGCUUCUUAAAUUUUUUACCUAACAUUAUCUUUGAGAUUUAAAGACUUAAGAGAAAGGACUGCUACUUUAUUUUUUUGGUCUUUUUAUUUUGUGGGUGGUGCAAUAAGUGGAGUAUAUGGAGCUGUGAUGUGGUAUUUUCUUUAUCUGGAAGAGUAAGAAGGAAUGAUGACAAAAUUAUCCAGUAAAGCUGUUCUGAAAGUUAUGUUUCAACUUCUGUUCUGUAAUUUAAUUCAAAUAAAAUCAUCUGUAAUAUUUUCACUAA